AUGGCGUCCUCCUACCCCACCAGGCCCAACCACCGGGGCAGCGGCGUGCACAACCACGGGGGAGGCGGGCGCGGGUUCGGCGGCCGCGGGCACAACGGCGGGCACGGCUACGGCCACCACUACAACGGGAACGGCGGCGGGCGCGGGGGCCGGGGCGGCCACCACCACCGCUGGAACGACUACGGACGAGGCGGCCACCACCACGGGUACGGCUACGGGGGCGGCCACCACCAGCAACAAGGGUACGGCUACGGGGGCGGCGGCCACCACGCGUACGGGUACGGGUACGGCGGCGGCGGCGACGGGAUGUUCCACCACAACUACGGCGUCCCCGGCUACGGCAUGGGCCCGAGCCGCCCGCUGCCGGUGCCGCCCACGAGCCACCCCCACGCGCCCGGCAUCGCGCCAGCGCCAGCGCCGUCCACGAGCCACCCCCACGCGCCCGGCCCCGGCUUGGUCCCGGACGAGCGGCCGCGCUGGAUAACGCUGAUGGCGCCGCGGAGGCGGCCCCCGGUCAUCCCGCCGCCGCUGCGGGCCGCGGAGGCGGCCGCCCGCGAGGUGGUGCUGCGGCUGCACCCGACGGAGGAGGCGGAGCGGCGCCGGCACAAGGUCAUCGACUACGCCAAGAACCUCAUCGGCACCACCUUCGGGUGCGAGGUGUUCCCGUUCGGGUCGGUGCCCCUGAAGACGUACCUCCCCGAUGGUGAUGUCGACAUCACCAUAAUCACGAACACCAACUUGGACGACAGCUUCGUCCAGGACGUCUGUUGUUUGCUCGCAACCGAACAGAGCAGCGACGAUGCCGAGUUUGCGCUGAGGGACAUUCAGGUCAUCAACGCAAAGGUCAAGAUAAUCAAAUGUGUUAUCGACAACCUUGUGAUGGACAUCUCCUUCAACCAAGUCGGCGGUGUGUCCACCCUCUGUUUCCUUGAGCUGGUCAACAAAGAGGUCGGGAAGGACCAUCUCUUCAAGCGGAGCAUCAUCCUGAUCAAGGCUUGGUGUUACCACGAGGGUAACAUUCAUGGAUCUAACCAUUGGUUGAUGUCUACGUACGCAUUGGAGGUGUUGAUUCUGUACAUCUUCAACCUUUUCCACAGCUCGAUACAUGGCCCUUUGCAGGCCCUCUACAAGUUUCUGCUGUACUACAGCAAGUUUGAUUGGGACAACCAGUGCCUUACUUUAAAUGGCCCUGUCCCCCUGCGCAACGACGCUGCUGGGCUUGCUGCCGCAAAUGAGGAAUUACUGCUGAGCAAGGAGCCCCUCAAGCGCUCACUGCGUAAGCUUUUUGAGCUUCCAGCAGAUUCUGAUAGGCGUGACCCAGACUUACGCCUGAAGUACCUCAACAUUGUUGACCCCUUGAAGGGGGAUAACAACCUCGGCACAAGUAUCAGCGAAGCAAACUCUCGUGUCAUCCGGGAUGCCUUUGCAGCUGGCGCAGAGAAGCUCGGAAAAAUUCUCAGGCUGCCUUGCGAACGUAUUGCGGAAGAAGUCUAUGUGUUUUUUACACAUACGUUGCGUAAACAUGGACGGGGCGAAAGGCAGGACCUUGGAGAAAGUGUGUCCCAGUCCAUGCCUGAGCCUGGAAAUGCACGUGGCGAAGAUGUGUCCGGCCUCGGAACUUCUUGCAUGGAUGAAGACGAAAAGAGAAUUCAUCGGAUCUCAGGUUCAACCAACUUCAGGAGCCACUCCGAUCUAUCCUCUUCCUCGGAGAAUGGUCACGAGGUUCCUGGUUCUAACCCUUUUAACGGGUCAAACCGGAACGGUGUCCAUCAAGAGAAGGUGCAGCUUCCUCCUUUCACGCCGGUGAACCUACUGGACCUCUCAGGGCAUGUGAAUUUACACAUGAGAUGCAUACGAAGUGUUCAGUACAACUUGGAGGCCAUGCACGAUAAGCUCCUCAAGUCGGUUAUAGAGGCGUCUUCAGCAGGUGUGCUGGAUGAGGAUCGCUUUGUAGUUCCACCUCUGCGCCCUGCUCCGAGGCCAACUUCAUGCCCGCGGCCGCCUCCUUCUCUCGGCACGGCAGUUGUUCCUCGGCAACCGAUCACUGAGCGCCAAGUUGAACCGGAAUAUCUGCCGUCACCUUGUACCCACAUUCCACCCAAUGGAUUCUCGGCCUAUCCCCCUUUUGCUGGUCCUUGGUUUCCAAACACCGAGGACAUGUCUCAGACUUAUGGAGCUAGCACUUACGUGCAUAACAUGAACUACUCGAUGCCUUUCGGAAUAGAUGCUUUCUCCAGCGGGGUGGCAUUCUAUCCAGCUAUGUGGGAUUUCCCUCAAUCACGUGGAACAGGCACAUACAUCCCCAGAACAGGUUGGAACAGGGACAAGUCGUGGAAUGAUAGGGGAAGGAUGCAAAGGCAGCGGCAAUCAGACCGGGGUUACGGAGAAGGGAGACCGGAUGUUACCUCAAGCAAUGGGCAUGUUGCGGGCGCAAGCGCAGCAGGACUAACAUUGACGAUGCGAGGUAACCCACACCAGGGUGCCUCUUCAAGCACAACCCCUUCAAGCAACAAUGAGCAGAGGUCUGAGAAUGGGUGGGUGGUGACACGGAUGCCGCCGAGGAUCACGAUUCCUCGUCAUGGCAGUGGCAGCCAUCCCUCUUCACCUGCUGUGGUGAUCACACCUGUCGUCACGGCGGAACAGCAUGGGAACUUGGAGUUCGGAACCAUGGGGCCUUUCUCAGUGGCUCGUCAAAACUCCGUGUUCGAUGAACAAUUCCCUGCUCUCCAAGAAACAACAAGGCAGGGACAACAAGGCCCACAGAGGAGCCCCAGGCCAGGCGCGGGUGCAACCCCCAGGAGCUGGCCUGCAGAAGCCUCUGGGUCAGCAAUGCAGAGCCCUAGACCCGGUGUGACUAUGAGCCAAAGCUGGCCCAACCUGCCGGCACAUAGCCCCAUGCCUGUUGUGCGUACAAUCCAGAGCUGGCCCCACGUGCCAUCCCCCAGGCCUGGUGUGGGUGCGGCCCAAAAUGGGCCCGUAGGAUCCCCCGCUGCCUCCACAUCGCAGAGCCCUCGGCCCGGUACCAGUGCGGCCGAAAACAGGGCUGCCGGGCCUUACCAGCUGCAAGACGAUGCUGACUUCCCUCCCCUGGCGACCGAGAACCCGUACGAUGCUGACUUCCCUCCUCUCCAAGCUGCGGCCCGCCGCUGACAUGACGCUCGCAGUCGCGGCACAUGGUAGAGUUGAGAUGACAUACAACUAAUCGUGACGGUGCAAGGGGAGAGCUUAACUUCAUGACUUGGUUGAGGGGAUGGUGUGCUCGAGGAGAUGGAGCAGGAUUUUCAUGCGGCGGCAUAAACAAACAAUUUGGAUCGAUGCUAUCCGUGGUGAUAGCAUGUUUAUCUCUGUGUUGUAAAAACUCUAAUAAUUCCGGUACAUUUUAUCGCCGUUGUUAAUUAUCUGUAGUGUAGAAGAGGGCGGCCUCUAGUGCAGUGCAAUGCAAGCGCUGGCUGCACCCUCCGUAGCUUUAUAUAUGCAUAACCCAAAAAAAUUAGCAAAAAUAGAAAAUGACAAAAAAAUGUAGCCUUUGUAGAUCAGACAUUUAGCAUUUAUAAAAAAGAAGAAAAAAAGUAGUUAGAAAACAAUGCCUCUCUUUGUUUCCGUGUGGAAUGCUGGUGUGUUCUUUUCCAUGAUCAUCAUGAUUUA